AUGGGUCUUAACUUUGAGGAAAUCUAUGGCACAGAUAUAGUUGAAGAGCAGACUGCUCAACAAUACACCGAGUUUCAGCCAAAGGAAGGAUAUGGUUGGGCUCAGGCUCUCCCUGAAAAGCAGGGUCUCUAUGAUCCGCAGUAUGAGAAGGAUGCUUGCGGUGUAGGCUUUGCAGCUCACAUCAAGGGUAAAGUUAGCCACAAGAUUGUCAGCGAUGCUCGGAAUUUACUAUGUAACAUGACUCAUCGGGGAGCCGUUGGCUCCGAUGCCCGCGAUGGUGAUGGUGCUGGUGUGAUGACGAGUAUUCCGCAUAAAUUUUUUAUCAAGAACUUCGCUCGUGAUGUGGGAGUGGAGCUUCCCCCGCUUGGCCAGUAUGCUGUAGGUAAUCUGUUCUUCAAGCCUGAUCCAGAGACCGUCAAGGAAUCUACCGCGACUUUCGAAGACCUUGCAGCAUCUCUUGGACUGAGGGUCUUGGGCUGGCGUGAAGUCCCGCGGGACUCGACAAUUCUGGGUCCUGCCGCGCUUUCCCGCGAGCCUGUCAUCUUGCAGCCAUUUGUUGUAUACAAGGCUACCUACGGUGAAGGUGUGAAGCCGGAGAUCACCGAUCCAGAGCAGUUUGACGAGCGAACAUUCGAGCGUCAGCUUUACGUUCUCCGGAAGCGUGCUACACAUGUUCUUGGCCUGGCAAACUGGUUCUACCUGUGCUCCCUCAGCAAUAGGAACAUCAUCUACAAGGGCCAGCUGGCUCCCGUCCAGGUCUAUCAGUACUAUCAUGAUCUGGUCAAUGUCGACUAUGAAGCCCACUUUGCUCUGGUUCAUUCUCGCUUUUCCACGAACACAUUCCCCUCCUGGGACCGUGCCCAGCCUUUACGAUGGCUUGCUCACAAUGGUGAGAUCAAUACCCUCCGUGGAAAUAAGAACUGGAUGCGGGCAAGAGAAGGCCUUCUCAAGUCCGAUGUCUUUGGCGAUGAUCUUGAUCUCCUGUAUCCCAUUGUUGAGGAUGGCGGCUCCGAUUCCGCUGCGUUUGACAAUGUCCUCGAGCUGCUGAUGAUCAACGGCGUUUUGUCCUUGCCUGAGGCUGUCAUGCUCAUGGUCCCCGAAGCCUGGCAGGAUAACGCCGCUAUGGAUCCUGCCAAGGCGGCCUUCUACGAAUGGGCUGCGUGCCUGAUGGAGCCAUGGGACGGCCCUGCUCUCUUCACCUUCUCCGAUGGUCGCUAUUGCGGUGCCAAUCUUGAUCGUAAUGGCUUACGUCCCUGCCGUUUUUACGUCAUGGAUGAUGAUCACAUCAUCUGUGCCUCCGAGGUUGGUACCAUUGUAGUUGACCCCGAGAGAGUAGUCCAGAAAGGCCGCCUGCAGCCCGGUAAGAUGCUUCUCGUGGACACCGUGGCUGGUCGCAUCAUUUCCGAUGCCGAGUUGAAGAACACCGUCGUGCACCGUCAGGACUUUGCUGCUUGGGUAGGCAAGGAAAUGCUCAAGUUGCCCGCUAUCAACGAGAAGCUGCUCACUCAGAAUGUCGACCUGGGCUUUCCUCUCGAUGACGUUACCGUGCAAAAUGAUCGCCGCCUGAAGGCUUUCGGUUAUUCUUUUGAACAAGUUAGCCUGCUCCUUGGCCCCAUGGCGGCCGAUUCCAAGGAAGCCCUUGGUUCUAUGGGCAAUGAUGCUCCACUGGCUUGCGUCGCUGAACAGCCCCGUCUGCUGUACGAGUACUUCCGCCAGCUUUUCGCGCAGGUGACCAAUCCCCCGAUUGACCCUAUUCGAGAGGCGGUCGUUAUGUCCUUGGAUUGCUACGUUGGUCCUCAGGGAAACCUUCUUGCGAUGGAUCCAUCCCAGUGCCGCCGCCUGCAUCUCCCAUCCCCCAUCUUGUCUAUUGCCGAAUUCAAUGCAGUGAAGAACAUCAACAAAGCCCAUAAAGAUUGGACGGUAAAGGUGAUCGAUAUCACUUUUGAGAAGACGAAGGGUGUCCCCGGCUAUCUGGAAGCGCUGGAUUCUAUCUGUGAAGCUACCACCCAGGCUAUCGAGAAUGGCGACAAGAUUAUCGUUCUCUCUGACCGUGCUACCUCUGCUGACCGUGUUCCGGUCUCUGCUCUUCUGGCUACGGGUCUCGUUCACCACCAUCUCGUUCGCAACAAGUGGAGGUCCUUAGCGGCCUUGGUCGUGGAAACAGCAGAGGCUCGUGAAGUCCACCACCUGUGUGUCUUGCUUGGUUACGGUGCUGAUGCCAUUAACCCCUAUCUGGCAAUGGAGUGCAUCCUGAAGAUGAACCGUGAGAAUUUGAUUCGCAAGCCGCUCUCCGACGAGAAGGUUAUCGAGAACUACAAGGCUUCUUGCGACGGUGGUAUCCUCAAAGUAAUGAGCAAGAUGGGUAUCUCCACCCUGCAAUCCUACAAGGGGGCGCAGAUUUUCGAGGCUCUCGGUAUUGAUGACUCUGUCAUCGAUCGGUGCUUUGCUGGAACAGCGAGCCGUAUCCGUGGAUUGACAUUUGAACUCAUCGCACAGGACGCCUUCGCCUUCCAUGAGAGGGGUUACCCGUCCCGAAAGAUCGUCGAGAUUCCAGGUCUUCCCGAGUCCGGUGAGUACCACUGGCGUGAGGGAGGUGAAGCUCACAUCAACGACCCUGUCAGCAUUGCCAAUAUCCAGGACGCCGUUCGUACCAAGAACGACAAGUCCUAUGAGGCAUACGCCAGAGCGGAACACGAACAGAUCAAGAACUGUACUCUUCGGGGCAUGCUCGAGUUCGACUUCGAACAGCGCACCCCCAUCUCUAUCGAUCAGGUCGAGCCUUGGACCGAGAUCGUCCGUCGAUUCGUGACUGGUGCCAUGUCCUAUGGCUCAAUCUCUGCGGAGUCUCACUCGACGCUCGCCAUCGCUAUGAACCGUCUUGGAGGCAAGUCUAACACUGGUGAAGGUGGUGAGGACGCCGAGCGUAGCAAGAUGCUCGAUAACGGCGACACGAUGCGGUCCGCCAUCAAACAGAUUGCGUCCGGUCGCUUCGGUGUCACUUCAGGCUAUCUCGCCGAUGCUGAUGAGCUGCAGAUCAAAAUGGCCCAGGGUGCCAAGCCAGGUGAGGGUGGUGAACUUCCGGGCCACAAAGUCGUGGGCCCCAUUGCGCACACCCGCCAUUCGACCCCUGGUGUCGGUUUGAUUUCCCCGCCUCCCCACCACGACAUUUACUCCAUCGAGGAUCUCAAGCAGCUCAUCUAUGAUCUCAAGUGCUCCAACCCUCGUUCUCGCGUUUCCGUCAAGCUUGUGUCUGAGGUUGGCGUGGGUAUCGUCGCCUCCGGUGUUGCCAAGGCCAAAGCCGACCACAUCUUGAUCUCUGGCCACGACGGUGGUACCGGUGCCUCUCGCUGGACUGGUAUCAAAUAUGCCGGUCUUCCGUGGGAGCUGGGUCUUGCUGAGACUCACCAGACUUUGGUUCUGAAUGACUUGCGUGGUCGUGUUGUCGUGCAGACGGAUGGUCAGCUUCGUACCGGCCGUGAUAUCGCCAUUGCCUGUUUGCUCGGAGCCGAAGAAUUCGGCUUUGCAACAACGCCAUUGAUCGCAAUGGGCUGUAUCAUGAUGCGUAAAUGCCACCUGAAUACGUGCCCAGUUGGUAUUGCUACUCAAGAUCCAGUGCUCAGGAAGAAGUUCCAGGGUACGCCUGAGCAUGUGAUCAACUUCUUUUACUACAUUUCGAACGAGCUGCGUGCAAUCAUGGCCAAGUUGGGUUUCCGCACUAUUAAUGAGAUGGUUGGACGAGCGGAACUGCUCAAGGUCAGGGACGAUAUCCGUUCGGCCAAGCAAGAGAGGAUCGAUCUUUCUCUUAUUCUGACCCCUGCUCAUUCUCUUCGCCCCGGCGUUGCUACCUACAACGUCCGCAAGCAGGACCACCGCCUGCAUACUCGCCUUGACAACAAAUUGAUUGCUGAAUCAGAACUUGCCCUGGAGAAGGGUCUGCCCUGCAGAAUUGAGUGUGACAUUGUGAACACUGAUCGUGCUCUGGGAACGACCCUCUCAUAUCAGAUCAGCCGUCGCUACGGUGAGGCUGGCCUCCCGCAAGAUACCAUACAUGCGAACAUCAAGGGCUCUGCUGGCCAGUCAUUUGGUGCCUACUUGGCUCCUGGUGUGACUCUCGAACUUGAAGGUGACGCCAAUGACUACGUCGGAAAGGGCUUGUCUGGUGGUCGUCUCAUCAUCUAUCCGCCACGGGGCGCAACGUUCAAGUCCGAGGAGAAUGUUAUCAUCGGUAACACCUGUCUCUAUGGAGCUACGAGUGGUACCUGCUACUUCCGUGGCCUGGCUGCUGAACGUUUCGCUGUUCGUAACUCGGGUGUUACUGCUGUCGUUGAGGGUGUUGGUGACCACGGGUGUGAAUACAUGACUGGUGGUCGUGUUCUCAUCUUGGGCUCUACUGGACGUAACUUCGCUGCUGGCAUGUCUGGCGGUAUUGCCUAUGUUCUGGACAUGAACCAGGACUUCCACUCCAAGGUUAACAUGGAAAUGGUCCAGGUAUCUGGCCUUGAGGACCCGGCUGAGAUUGCGUUCGUCCGCGGUCUGAUCGAGGAUCAUCAUCACUAUACUGGCUCUGAGUUAGCCGCACGCAUUCUCCUUGACUUCAACCGUGCUCUUCCUCACUUCAUCAAGGUCUUGCCAACUGAUUACAAGCGGAUUCUGGAGGAGGAAGCUGCGAAGGCCAAGGCGGCUAAGAAACUAGAUUUUUCACUUCCUUAUCUCCAGAAAAAGCAGGCGGAUUCCGAGAAGCCGAAGGAGAAAGCUGAGUCUGCAUCCAAAAAGGCUGAUAUGCUAGACAUCGAGGAUAGUAUCAGCGACUCGAAGACUGAGAAGAAGAGAUCGGCUCUCAUUCUUGACAAGACGAGGGGCUUCAUGAAAUACUCCAGACGCAGCGAGAAGUAUCGUAACCCUGUCACCCGUACCCGUGACUGGGCUGAGCUGUCCAGCCGUCUCAGUGAGGAUGAGCUUAAGUAUCAAUCUGCUCGUUGCAUGGAUUGUGGUGUUCCUUUCUGCCAGUCUGACACCGGUUGCCCUAUCUCUAACAUUAUUCCCAAGUGGAAUGAGCUUGUCUUCCAGAACCAGUGGCAAGAUGCACUGAAUCGCCUACUCAUGACUAAUAACUUCCCCGAAUUCACUGGCCGUGUCUGUCCCGCACCCUGCGAAGGCGCUUGCGUUUUGGGAAUUAACGAGAACCCUGUUGGUAUAAAGUCAAUCGAGUGCGCGAUUAUCGAUCGCGGUUUCGAGAUGGGAUGGAUGGUUCCUCGACCACCCCAGACCCGCACCGGCAAAACCAUCGCAAUUAUUGGCUCUGGUCCUGCUGGUCUUGCGGCUGCUGACCAGCUCAACCGUGCUGGCCACAGUGUCACUGUGUAUGAGCGUGCCGACCGUAUCGGCGGUUUGCUCAUGUAUGGUAUCCCCAACAUGAAGCUUGACAAAAGGGUUGUGCAGCGCCGGGUCGAUUUGAUGGCUGCAGAAGGCAUUAGCUUCGUGACCGGCGUCGCCGUUGGCCCUGACAGCGAUGUCACCUUGGAGUCUUUGCGCGAGACCAACGAUGCAGUUGUCAUUGCAACUGGUGCCACUGUUGCCCGUGACUUGAAAGUUCCAGGCCGCGAGCUCGAGGGUGUUCAUUUUGCCAUGCAAUUCCUGCACCGUAACACCAAAUCACUCCUCGACUCUGGCCUCUCUGACGGCGAGUAUAUCUCUGCAAAGGACAAACAUGUUGUCGUUAUUGGUGGUGGUGAUACUGGCAACGACUGUAUUGGAACUUCUGUUCGUCACGGUGCGAAGUCUGUUACGAACUUUGAACUUCUGCCUCAGCCUCCUCCAGAGCGUGCUCGUGACAACCCAUGGCCACAGUGGCCUCGCAUUUACCGUGUGGAUUACGGUCACACCGAAGUCAAGACCCAUAUGGGUAAAGACCCUCGUGAAUACUGUGUUAUGUCUAAGGAGUUCGUCGACGAUGGAAACGGCCAUGUCAAGGGUAUCAACACCGUUCGCGUCGAGUGGACCAAGAGUGCAUCGGGUGGAUGGGACAUGAGGACUGUGGACGGUAGUGAGCAGUUCUUCCCUGCUGACCUCGUCCUCCUUUCUAUGGGAUUCUUAGGUCCUGAGGAUCGACUUCUCGGUGAUGUUAUCGAACGUGAUGCUCGCAAGAAUGUCAAGACUCCUCCUGGGAAGUACUCAACAAACGUUCCUGGUGUCUUCGCUGCUGGUGACUGCAGACGUGGACAGUCUCUUAUUGUCUGGGGCAUUAAUGAGGGCCGUCAAUGCGCUCGUGAGGUGGACUCCUUCCUCACGGGCAUUAGUUCUCAGCUUCCUGUCUCUGGCGGUAUUGUCCGACGGCCAGCAAUUGACUCCGUUCCACAACCUUCACAAUAUGUUGAGGUCCUUUCCUCAUAA